GCUUCCAUGUUUUUAGGGGUGGAGAGAAAAGAGAAAAAAAAUAUGUGAAAAAUGGCUACUGUGCAGUCUGAAUCCGAACAACCAUUAGAUAAUAAACUCAUUAACGGUACACUUGCUGGAAAUAAACCUGAACUACAACCGGUAUCUGCUACAGUAGCUGAUAGUGACGCGGAGGUUUGUGCACAAAGCAGCGACGUAAAAGGAACGACGGACCCUGAUGUUCCGUCUUCACCAGCAAGUGAAAAUUCAGCUCCACAUGGCGUUGCUCUUUCACCACGCAACAAAGAUGCAUCAGGAAUGCCGUGUAAUUAUAAAUCUCCUGAGGAUGAGCAAAACACGGAUGUGGUGCUGCAAAAUAAUAAGGGCGAUCUCAUUUCAGAUGCGCCCGGAACGGAUUGCGAUGUGACAUCGGAUCGUUUGCACAAUGAAAACAGCGAGCAAGAAACUGACAAACAAGAAACAGAAGACAAAACUACAGAAAAUGUCGACCAAGAGUCAAAUCAUGCCAGAGAGGAAGAACACCCACCAAAACAAGAUGAAGAGUCAACAAAUAUAACUGAAGCAUCAAAGUCUGAUGACGAGGCAAUGCAAAGCACAGAAGAGAAGACAGAGGAAACGGGAGACCCCAAAAGUAUGGAGAAAGUUAAGGACACCACGGAAGAGAAGUCUAAGGUCACCACAGAGGAGAAGUCUUUGGACAACACAGAGGAAAAGUCUAAGGUCACCACAGAGGAGAAGUCUAUGGACAACACAGAGGAAAAGUCUAAGGUCACCACAGAGGAGAAGUCUAUGGACAACACAGAGGAAAAGUCUAAGGUCACCACAGAGGAGAAGUCUAUGGACAACACAGAGGAGAUAAUUAGGGACAACACAGAAGAGAAAGUUAUGGACAACGCAGAGGAGAAGCUGAAGGACAACACAGAAGAGAAGGUUAUGGACAACACAGAGGAGAAGGAAGGAGAAGAUGAAUCUAAGAGUAAUGGUGUAGUUGUCAAGCGAAGGAAAAGCCGCCUGGAAUGCAAUGAAUGUGGUAAAAAGUUCACUCGUCGGGAAACAUACAACCUGCAUCGACACUUUCACAUGCACCAAGAUGAGCAGGCUUCUCUUGUUUGUAAAGAAUGUGGCAUUACUUUUCAGCAUCGAAGUGACCUCAUCAAACACCGCAGUAUUCAUAAAGAAAACAGCCAACCAAGCCCGUCACAUUCAAAACGCUCUGAGAGGAUCUACAAUGAGCGGAGUAAAUUUCAGUGCGAGCACUGUGGUAUGUGUUUCUCGACAAUGAUGCGAUUAAGGCUUCAUGUUUGUGAACAGACUGUGGAAAAGCCUUUUCGCUGCCCACUGUGCCGCAAAGAGUUCCAGUACAGGGUGUCCAUCAAUGCCCACAUGCAGAGUCACUCAUUAGACAGUCCUUAUCGGUGCCUGGAGUGCAACAAAGGCUUUCAGAGUUUAGGGACGUUGCAUAUCCACCAGCGAUCCCAUGCUGCACUGAAGCCGUACGGGUGUCCAGAUUGUAGCAUGGUCUUCAGGCACCGCUACGUCAUGGAGGACCAUCGACGCAGGCACGUGGAAGAAAGAGCGCACCUGUGCAAAAUCUGUGGGAAGAGCUUCAAGUACAGCAGCCUUUUGCAGCAGCACCAGUAUCUCCACACGGGCCAAAAGCCUUACAACUGUUCAUACUGUGGAAAAACGUUUGCUUUUGCACAAAACAUGCGAGCACAUUUUCGUCAACACAGAAAGAUCUCGGCCAGGUCUGAGGCACGUAUUGCAAACCAUAACGUAUCUCUUGUUGAGCAGGCAGGUAAAGAGAACGCAAAUGUUGAGCAGCAGCGCAACUGUCCUCUGUGCCCUCAAAUUUUUUAUAAAGCAUCAGAUUUAAGAGCACACAUGUUAAUCCACGAAGCAGAGUAUGAAAGGAUGAGUAACGGCAAACGAUUCGAUAAGGUCUAUGCAUGCCAGUAUUGUCCUCUUAAAUUCCAGUCAGAGUCCAUGCUGCAAUCCCAUUCACAAACACACAUGACCAACAUUUUGGGGUUAAACACAACACAUAUGACAAAUCAGGUUAAAGCAGUACUUGAAAAGCAGGAUGAUGUUGGUAUGGAUGAGGAAGAUAUUGACAGUAUGCCGGUAGUUGGGGGAUUAGAGGACCAAUCAGAGAAGAAACAGUUCAGGUGUCGAGACUGUGGAAAGUGCUUCCGUUACCGAUCAGUGUUAGAGCUUCACAUGCGUAUACACAACAAGGGUUACCAGUGUCAAGUGUGUAAAAAGUCCUUUAGAUUUAGUAGCUAUUUGCAGCAGCAUUCAAUUAUCCACACUGGGAAGAAGCCAUACAAGUGCCCGGACUGUGGUAAGGAUUUUGCAUUUCAUCACAACAUGAAAACCCACCAGCGGCUGCAUCAACAAAAGCCGUUUCGCUGCACGCAGUGCCGUAAGGGCUAUAGCGAUGAGAGUCAGCUUCAGCGGCACAUGCUGUCCCAUACAGGUGAGAAACCUUACAAGUGUCACCUGUGCGACAAGAGCUUUGCCUUGGCCUACUUGCUCCGAGACCAUCUAAACACUCAUACGGGGGAAAGACCCCACCGCUGCCAGGAGUGCCAUAAGUCAUUCCCUUGGCUUAGUAGUCUGCUCGUGCAUCAGAAGAUUCACGUGCGUAAACGGCAAGGUCAGAGUCACAGUUAUCCACUGUCCAUACAUUCUCAACGAGGUAGAGUAAGUACCGGCAGGAGAGGUAGGCCAAGGUUAGAUCGAGACAACGGAAGGACGGCACCUCUACCUGGUAGAAUCAUGUCAGAAACGCUGUUGCCAAACAUGGUUCCACACCACUCUCGUAGCUUCGAUGCAAAUAGACAUGAACGCAUGCAGCUUAGAUCGCAGCACUUGCAGACUAGAAAUCAUUCCCAGCAGGUUCAUUUGCAGCCAGAAUGGCAGUUACAAAUGCAGCCAACAGAGGAGCUACUUCACUCUCAAAAUCCCACAAAUUUAUUGGAAGCCCAGCCAAGCAAUGCCGUGCAGAUGCAGUGGCCAGGAGGUCACCUUAAGACGAUCUUGCCUAAAAAUGAUGGUCUCCCUGAGCUCAUGCACCAGCAGCAACCUUCUCAAGCAAAUGUACUGAUGUCAGCACAACCUAAUCAUUACUCGGACAUAUCUGAAGCAGAGCAAAAAGGGAAGCAUUCACAACACCACGUGGACAGGCAGUCUCCGAGAUCCAUUCAAGACCCGCAGCAGUCGCAAUGGCCAGUACUUUGCGAUUCGGUGCAAACGUCGUCUUCUUCAUCAGAAGAUGGCAAAGUAACUGACUUUGACGCACCAACCAACAGUGAAUCUGAUAAGCUCACUCUUGAUUUGCAAAUGCCAAAUUCCUCUGGUCUGGCCAAAACGGACAUGGGUCAGAUUGGUGGUGUAGUCCUAGCCGCUGGUGCUACCACUCCAUGGGGUAUAAAAACAUCUUUGGAGAUGUCUACACCUGUGGGCUUGCAAGAAGUACCUGGAGAUUCAUUAGAGAAGCAGCAAAGCAGACUAAUCCAGCACUUGCCUCAGCAAAUGCAGGUUUCACAGCAGCUUCUACAACAACAGCUUCAUCAGCCACAGACUCAAAUACCUCCGACUUGGGUUAGCACAGCUCCUCCGAACCAGAUGGGACCAGUGAACUUGCCGUAUACAGCUGCUCGUUUUCCUCUUGGGGACAGACCUACGAUGUGGGGGUUUCAGGCUGCCCCAGUUGUUUCCCAGACCCUCGUAAAUGGACCAGUUCAACAAGGCCAUAUCCGGGCACAACAGCACGUAGCUCUGAUUUCUGGCCAGCAGAUUCCAUUGAGUCAGCCAUCAACUUUUAUCUCACCACCUUUUCCUCCACCAGCUCUAAAUAUACCUGCUUCGCAUCCAAUACAUUCUGUUGGAAGGCAACUUCCAGGUCCGUUACCACAAGGCAUCUUCUUCACCUCACAGGGCACCAUCAGUGAAAUGCCAAUUAUGCCACAAGUAACAAACUUACCUCAGUUAGCUCAACAAACUGAGCCACACAAAAUAGGCAAUAAAAUGCCUUUUGCCCCUGAUCACCUGUUCCAGUGCAUGAUAUGUGGUUGUUCUUUGCCUGGAGAGCUAGAAUUACAGAUGCAUUAUAUGCAACAUGCACAGCGAGAUGUCUGAGUUCGAUUUUAGAGAUGAUAUACAUGAUAUACAAUAGCUCAGUUUAGAUUGUCUCUUUGCCGUUUUAUUGUACAUUGCUGUUAAGCUGCUGGAGUGUGUUGAAGAUUUCAAAUGUAUUAAUGUUUUUAUUCAGUUAUUAAAUUUUCCAG